AUGGACUUCAUUAAUUAUAUUCCAGACGAAAACUACAAUAACUUUAUGACUGAGAGAAUGGAAGUUGAUGAGGCUGCUGUUGAGUUCGGCGAAAUUGAGAUGCUCAGGGGAAAUGAGUACUUUGUAGAAGAUACCCCUCAAAGCACAGCUGAUGAGAAAAUGGAGGAAAUGGUUUUAGAGCUGGGAGAGAUGAUGAUCACUAAAACUAAAAGAUAUAAAAAGUACGGGCCUGAGCAAAUCGCACGCUUUAUAAACAUAUUACAGGAAACAGGGGAAACUGUACCAAAAGCAGCUGAAGCUUGUGGUAUACCUACCAGCAGUGCUUAUAGACUUCUAAACCAGUUUAAUGACAGUAACAGAACCAUUCUUCCAGGUAGUACAUCUACACAAAAAGGAAAAGCGAAACCAAAAAAGCUAUUUCCUAUCCAUACCGCCUUUUUGAUCCAGUUGUUUGACGCAAACCCUUCGACCGUUUUGGAACAGGCAAGAGAAGAGUUGAUGAAGCAGUUUGGACUAUCCGUUGCUAUUUCUUCUUUGUAUGUGCAUAUUAGUGAAAAGUGCUGCUUGACAUUAAAGCAAGCUAGUAAAUACACAAUUGAAAGGGAUGCACCUAGAACGCUCAAUCUCCGCUACGAAAUCAUCAACAAGUGGAUAGAGGCCGGUGUUGAUUUCCAGAAAAACUGUGUGUUUAUUGAUGAAGCUGGCUUUCACUCUCAACUGAUGAGAGGGCGUGCAUGGUCGAAAGUUGGUGCUCCAGCGAAUGUAAAAGUGCACACACAAAAAGACGUUAAUUUGAGCAUGAUUGGGUGUAUAUGUGCUAGAGGAAUUAUAAGCUUUACCAAAGUUAUACCUUUGAAAAUAGGGGAUGCUGAGUUGAUAGAGAAAGAGUUUCAUUCCGAGGUAUCAGCUAAAAAAAAGAAAGCGCAACACUGA